ACAGUCACACACGGACCACAUCCGAGUGAGGCUCGGGGACGGUUUAAAAAACGAACCGCGCGAUUCACGCUGCGCGAACGCACGGGCGCGCGCGUUCUGUUUACGAAUUUGCAUGUGCUAAUUUUUUUUUAACGGACUCGUUCGGGAUUUCUUUUGGCUAUGAUCUUUUUAGUCUGUAAGGACAUUUGUUCUGUGAUGUACCAGUUCUCAAAAUUAGUGUCAUGUGGUAAAAAUUAAAAACGAAAAUUCGUAGCAGUUAAAUGUGGAAAAAAAUACUAUUCGAAAUUUGAGGAACUCCUGACUUCAGCUGUAUCAAAAACAUUCAAGAUGAACCAACAGUGCAAAGUGUGCGGAGAGCCUGCUGCCGGUUUUCACUUUGGUGCUUUUACGUGCGAAGGCUGUAAGUCGUUCUUCGGGCGUACGUACAACAACCUCUCCUCGAUAUCGGAAUGCAAGAACAACGGGGAAUGCGUCAUCAACAAGAAGAACAGAACAGCAUGCAAAGCAUGCAGACUCAGGAAAUGCCUCUUAGUUGGUAUGUCAAAAUCUGGCUCCAGAUACGGGAGGCGAUCGAACUGGUUCAAAAUUCAUUGUCUUCUACAAGAACAGCAACAGCAACAUAUACAACAGUUACAAACAAGUAAAUCACCACCUAGUUUCAAUUCUUCAAUCAAUUCGUCAUUUUUGCCAACAAAUCUCUUACCUGCUGCUGCGUUGGCAGAAUACUACAAAAAUUCUGAAAAGACCCAUUUCACUGAAGAUGUGACACGGCAAAGUGUAUCGCCUUCAGAUUCUGGGGCAUCGUCUGCGGAUCCCGAGGAUGACAACAGUUCCAGAAGUACUAGUGGCUUAAGCAUCUUCCGACCGGCGUCAUCUCCUUGUAGCGAGAAAGACGUGAGAUUACAAGCUAUUAGAAAUCAAACUAAAGAUGUCAGAAAACGAAAGCCUUCUACUCUGCCUCCUACACCAUUUGGUGCAAUGACAGCAACACCAAGUUAUUCACCAAGAACGACACCCUAUAUACCUACACCCAUGCAUAACAUGAGGCAAGUACCACCAGGCUUAGCCACUUGGCAGAAUCGUAACGGAGGGGAUUUGCUCUUACACUCUCCAGCAGUGGCUGGAAUUGCAGUAGAACAAGAUCAACCGAUUGAUCUGUCUAUAAAAUCAACUGCAGUUUUGUUCAGGAGUCCAAAAAAUGACGAUAUCAGUGACUCAGAGCCAGAGCUUAGUAUCGAUUUAAGUGAAGAUAAUAGUAAAGAUAUUAUGAAGAAUCCUCUGGAUUUAUCUCUUGUCCCUAAACGAUCAGAAGAAGUGCCAAUGACUGGUUGAACUAUAUUUUUAUUAUUCAAAGUAUACCGUGAGUCAAUUAAGCCAUGUGUCUCGUUCUAUUUAUAUGUAAAUAUUGUAAUAUUAAAAAGACGAGUUUAUAAACACUUUGCCAUACAGUAUUUAAGUAAUGCGUUCAUUCCUUCUUUCUUGAUUACCUGAUGUAACUACCAUAAAUUUAAUUGUUUUUCUUUGUAUAGUAGAAUAAUGAAGAGUCAAUUGUUUGUAAUAUAGUCUAAUAGAUAUAUUAUCUACCAGAGGUAAUUCAGUGUUGAACAAUUAAUACGAGGGUCAAACUGAAAGUUCUUAGAAAAUCAAAAACUGAUUACAUUAGCCAGUUAUUAGUUUUAUUAUAUCUUUUCAAAAUAUUGUCCAUUCACGUCAAUACACCGCUGCAUGCGAUGGAACCACUGGGAAAAGCACUUUGCCCACUCGUCCUUAGGGGUCUCUUCAAUGGCAUCGCGAUACGCAGCCACCGCUUCUUCAGCAUUCAUAAACCGCUUUCCUUUAAGUUUUUCUUUAAUUUUUGGAAAUAAAUAAAAAUCACAAGGCGCGAGGUCGGGGCUAAACGGCGGGUGACCCAGUAAUUCAACGUUUGAUGUCGCCAAAUAGUCGAUCGUUCGCUUGGCGGUGUGCGACGAGGCGUUGUCGUGGUGAAGGAGGAUCCUACUGCGAGGUCGUUUCUCUCGAACUUUUUCCAAGACAAGUGGCAAACAAUUGGUAGUGUACCAUUCUGCAGAAACUGUUUUUUGAUCCUCUAACACAAUUGUUGCAAAAUGACCUAUCCUUCCAAAGAACGAGGCCACCAUUUUUUUUCCCGCACUUCGAUCUCUCUUCACUUUAGUUGGCAACUCCUCGAAAGGAAACACCCACUGAGCAGAUUGUCUUUUGGUUUUAGGAUCAUAACAGUAAAUCCAGCUUUCGUCACCUGUUAGUAUGUCGAACACAGCAUUUGAGUCACCUCCGUUAAAUCUUUCAAUCAUUUUACGACACCAAUCCACACGAUGGAGUUUUUGAGCCUCAGUCAAAUUAUGAGGUAUCCACCGGGCGCAAAGCUUCCUGACCGCUAAAUGUUCGUGGAGGAUUUUGUGCACUUGACUCAUACCGAUGCCUAAGUUUGUCCGAAUCUGUUGAUAGGUCACUCUUUUGUCAGUCUCUAUCAUACGCCGCACAACACAGAUGUUAUCUUCAGUCGUCGCCGUAGAAGGCCGUCCCUCACGUAAAUCAUCAGUGAGAUUAGUGCGACCACGUUUAAACUCAUUAAACCAGUUGUAAACAGUCGCACGAGAUGGGGCUUCAUCGUGAAAGGCCAAUCGUAGUCUAUCAUAACUUUCUUGUUGACUUAAAUGACAUCGAAAGUCAUAAAAAAUCAUUGCACGAAAAUUUUCUCGUGUUAAAUUCAUGAUGACGUGACACAGACAAUUUUCAAUUUGCCGCCAAAUCGUAAAACAAAUGACAAAUGAAUGAAAUAUAUACUCAGUAAUAUUGGCAAAGAGUUAUAUUUUCAAAUUUUAGAAUUAUUUUUUUAUUAUAUUGUUUAUAAGUGGCCAGUUCUAAGAACUUUCAGUUUGACCCUCGUAAUAAUUGUUUGCAUCUUUUUAGUUAUUAAUAUGAAAGCCAGUUGUGAACCAUGCCAGUGUUUUACUAAUUUUUUAGUUAAUUUGUUAAUUUGUAAAUGGGAUGUACGGCCAGUGAAAUAUGACGCUCAAAAUUAUAACGUACAAAAUAAUUUUAGACGGAACAAUGUAUUAUAUUAUUAGUAAGGUAAAUAUGUGUGUAUCAUCUAUUAAGUAUUUAUUUCUUUAGUAUUUAGGCCAGUUUCGUUUUCAGUCACUUUUUUUAUUUAAUUGAAUAUUGUCCUAAGUAUAUUAGAUUUCGUUAUUGUAAUGUUUAGUGUUAUGUAAGCUUGUGUGUUACUAUAUUGUUGGUUGUUUUAGAGAUUUUUAAUAAUUUUUAGACAUUCCUUUGAAAUGAUGUUCAUUCCAUUAUUUAGAUUUUUUUUAAGUAUUAUCACAAAUAUAAGACGUUGUCUUUCUCAAAUAGCGUAAUAAGGUACCGAGAUAUAUAUAUUUUUUAAAAUUCCAUUACCUUUUUUUCUAUCAAUUUAUACUCAAUUUAUAUAUUUAGCAUUUCAAGUUUUUCCUAUUGAAAAUGAGGUGCCAUUAGUUUCGGAUUAAACUUAGAAACAAAUUGUAUUUGGUUACAUAUAAAAUAUAGGUCCUUACUAAAAUAUACUGUCACAAGAAUAACAUAAAAAAUGCAUAAAAAACCGAUUCCAUUGUAAUAAUUGUAAUUGUCAUAAGUUACAAACCGACGAAUUUCAAUUGCUUUGUUAAGAUGAUAUAUUCCAUAUAUAAUUUUAUUAGAUAACUAGCUUUCCCCAGCGGCUUCGCCCACGUGGACCCUAGGGAAAUGUUUAGUGGGAUAAAAAGUAUCCUAUUAUCUGAGUCAGCUAAUACCCUAUCUGUAUACCAAAUUUCAUCAAAAUCCAUUCAGUAGUUUCGGCGUGGUUGACCGACAAACAUCCAAACAAAGAAACUUUCACAUUUAUAAUAUUAACAGAUCAAUAAGAAUAAAUUAAAGUUCUAAGAUAGACCAAUUUUUGCCCUUCAAAAUUUUCCUUACCUAAUAUUAGAUAGGUAUGGUAAAUGGUGAAUUAGGACCUAAUAUUAUAAGUAACCAUUGUUCGACGUGCCAAUCGUCUUUUGUGUUAGUAAAAUAACUUUUUGAUGAUAAACUAACUGACUUUUGUCAGUUAGUGAUUUUUGUUAUCAGUGUGAUACGAUAUUUUUAUGUAUGUGUUUUUUACAUUUUUAAAUAAAUCUUAAUAUAUUUGAGAAUUAAAAAUAAAUGAGAGUGCCUUUAUAUACAGCUUCGUUUUAUUUUAUAUCCAUUAUUUUAGUAACUAAACUAGCAUCUAAUAUAAAUAAAUGUAAUAAAAGCAAUAUAUAUUUACUUUUAUUACAUUUAUUUACAGUGGAUCAUUACUCAUUUAUAUUGUAUAUGAGAUUAAUAUGUGUGACAGUAUUUAGCUAUCGCACUUAUAAUACCGAAAAAUGUACGUAUUGAGUGAAACCUUUAUUAGAAGAGUUA